AUGGGAUGCUGCAAUAUAUGUGUUUAUUGGAAUUAUAAGAAGAACGUGAAGAAAUCACUCCGUGAGGCUGAAAAGUUUUCUAACGCAGUCAUGGCCAAUCAAGAAAGAACCUUCAUCAUGAUCAAGCCCGAUGCUGUCCAGAGAGGACUCGUCGGCAAAAUCAUUGCCAGAUUUGAGGAGAAAGGCUUCAAAUUGGUCGCAAUGAAACAAAAAACUGCCAGCAAAGAACUCUUGGAAGAACAUUACAAGGACCUAAGUAGCAAGGGCUUCUUCAAAGGACUUGUCGCCUACAUGGGAUCAGGCCCAGUGGUCUGCAUGGUGUGGGAAGGAAUGGGAGCAGUAGCAACAGGAAGAGUUAUGUUGGGAGAGACCAACCCCAAAGACUCCAAGCCUGGUACCAUCAGAGGAGAUUAUUGCAUCCAAGUCGGCAGAAAUAUAUGUCACGGAAGUGAUGCUGUAGAAUCAGCCAAACGCGAAAUUGCACUUUGGUUCGACAAAUCAGAACUUAAUGACUGGACCCCAUGCAGCUCAACUUGGGUGUAUGAAGAUUGAUGUGAGGUUUCAUCUAGGCUCUAACUUGUAACCAGCAACAUCUUCAUAUACAGAUAUAUAGACCAUUAGACAGCCUCCAGAGACUAUAGCUAUAGACAUUGCGUCUACUUAAGUGCCAGACCUUUAAUGCCAAUUUUAAUUAUAAAAAUAUCAAUCAUGCCAUAUAAAAUAUGAUCUGAACUAACCUAUAUUCAGACAUUUUAGUGUUUUUAGUAAAUAAGUAAAAUAAAACAAUAUCAUGCCACUAGCAUCAUGAAUGCUAUUUAUGAACAGAAGGAAUAAAUGUUUGUCCAUUUAGAAAUAUCUGUGUAUUUAUUUUUGAAUGUAGUUUUACCUGGCUACUCUGUGUAUUGUAGCUGUAAGUUAUGCAUAGUGUGCAAUGUUGUAACAACUGAAAUAAAGUGAAUUUUGUCUAUGCCUAUAAA